AUGCCCAUCUCCAGCGCCUUUUGCGCCCCCAGCGCCGCCCACCAGCUCGACGUGCCCCCCGACGGCGCCGUCUUCCUCAUCUUCAUCUCCUCCGACGACCCCGAGACCCAGCAGCCCUGGUGCCCCGACGUCCGCGCAUCGUGGCCCCACGUCGUCGCCGCCUUUGGCGCAGACACGGCGCCCGAGCUGUCGGUCGUGCGAGUCGGCCAACGGGCCGAAUGGCGCAGCGAGGGCAAUGCGUACCGCAGGAACUGGGGCGUGCGCGGCGUGCCGACGCUGGCAAAGUACCGGCGGGUGGACGGGCAGGUGGUGGAGACGGCGAGGCUGGACGAGAAUGGGAUACAGGACGGAGAGGCGUUGCGCGAGUUUCUGAAGUGA